AUGAGGUACCUCGGCCUCGAGCUGGAUAGCCGCUGGCGCUUCGAGGCUCAUUUCGACCGCCUGGUCCCUCGAGUCCAGGGCGUGGCGACCCUACUGGAUUGUCUAAUGCCCAACCUCGGGGGCCCGGAGGAGAGGGUGCGGCGCCUUUACGUGGGAGUGGUGCGAUCAAUGGCCCUGUACGAAUCGCCCGUAUGGACCAGCGACCUGAUGACCCGUUGGCGUAGCCGGAUGCUGCUGUGCCGCGUGCAAAGGCACAUGGCCAUCAGGGUCGCGAGGGGUUACCGCACCAUAUCCCACGAGGCGGCUGCCGUCCUGGCGGGGGUGGUGCCGUUUGAUCUCCAGGCGGAGACGGACGCCGAUAUAUAUCGACCUCUGCAAAUCCUUCGCCGGAGUGGUGCCGCCCCGCCGGAUGGUGCAGUCGAGGAGUGGAGGCGUCGAGCCCGGCUCAUGAAGGUGCUCACCGGACAUGGCUGUUUCGGUGAGUACCUGCUGAGGAUUGGGGCCGAGGCGACGGCCGAAUGCCACCAGUGCGGGGCUGAGGUAGGCUCAGCUCAGCAUAUGCUGGAGGAGUGCCCGGCCUUUUGGUCAGAGAGGCGGGCGCUCAAAAACGUUGUUGGAUGGGACCUUUCGCCGCCGACCGUUGUUGCUGCCAUGGUCGAGAGCGAGGGGUCCUGGAGGGCGAUGUCCUCCUUCUGCGAGGCAGUCCUCUCGCGGAAGGAGGAUGACGAGCGGGUUCGGGAGAGAUCCGAUCCCGUUCGCAUAGAGAGGAAGAGGAUGAGGCGGGCAGGAUGGCGGCGGCUACCUACUGCCUCCACUGCCUCUGGAGGGGCUGGACCCUUCUGA